AUGGAUUCCGCGACCGAGUCCCUGUUCGGACUGUCGGUGCAUAGUCUGAUGCAGAACCAGCCGGAGCUCAAUUUCGCCGAGGCCUUUGACUAUGCCCAAGGGGCCGCCAUAACGCGAGCCACCCUGGGACCAUUAAGCGUACUUUACCGCGACCCAAAGGCCGACAAGUGCUAUCGAAUCUGCCGGGCAUUCGCCCAGCAGUUCGUCGAGGAAGCGGUCCAAACGGUUGCUUCGGAAAAAGAAGACACAGAAAGGGGACAAGCUGAGACAAAGCAUGACAAGUAUAUUCUUUCACACGAAUUGGCACGGCGUAUAUCCGAUAAGCAUCGCAUCCUGGACGAGCUCAUGAACGUUCUGUUGGCUGGUCGUGAUACCACUGCCAGUCUACUUAGCAAUUUGUUCUUCAUGUUGGCAAAGAAUCCGGCAGUUUGGGACAAGCUGCGUGAAGAAAUAUCAGGUUUACAGGGUCGGGCACCUACUUACGAGGAGCUUCGAAACCUGAAAUAUGUUCAAUGCUGCAUCAAUGAAUCGCUACGUUUACACCCCGUUGUCCCACGGAAUGAACGCAAGGCUGUACGAGAUACAGUCCUACCACUUGGAGGAGGCAAGGAUGGUCUCUCACCUGUCUUCGUGCCCAAGGGUACUCUGGUCUGCUACAAUCUAUAUGCAAUGCAUCGACGCACAGACUUCUACGGACCCGACGCAGAAGAAUUCCGACCGGAGCGCUGGACAGAUGGACGACUGCAGCCACGCUGGGAAUAUCUGCCCUUCAAUGGUGGCCCACGCAUCUGUUUGGGCCAACGAUAUGCGCUGACCGAAGUUGGCUACGUUGUCGUCCGAAUGGCCCAGGAGUUCCAAGCCUUAGAGAGUCGAGACCCAGGGCCGUGGGAGGAAUCGCUGACCUUGACCCUAUGCUCCCGGAACGGAACCAAGGUCUGUCUCAUUCCGGCUUGA